GGACAGAAUUCACUCACGUUUGAGAGCAGCGACCCGUUCCGCUACCGAGUUGGAAAUCUGGAGCCAAGGCUUUACUUGUAUAUUCGGCCACAGGACAGGAACCCAUUCAGGAAGUUUAAUCUUCUCGAGGACUCCAUCUUCGGGAAAGGUGUGGUGCCCUAUCCUGAAUUUGCAAUGGCUGGCUGCAGCUGCACGCCCAACAGUGGUGGACGCCACAUGGGGUGUGAGCGCCCGAAAGACUGUUCUUGCCUGUCCAACAUGGACGUGCAGGAACGGUUUUAUGCGUACUAUGCUGAGGGUCCGCGCAAAGGCUUCCUGGUGCCCAAGCAGCUGAGGUCUUCUGCAGCCAUUUUUGAAUGUAAUAAAUUCUGUAACUGUGGGCCUGGCUGCAAGAACCGUGUUGUCCAGCAUGGCAGAAAGGUUCCGCUGGAGAUUUUUCCAACUGAAGAUCGCGGAUGGGGGUUGCGAUGCACGGAAAAUCUUCGAAAGGGGCAGUUCGUGGACACCUACAAGGGCGAGAUCAUUACCGAUGAGGAAGCGGAACGCCGAGAUAGAGCGCGUGUCCUCAAGGACGUUUACACCUUCGCGCUCGACAAGUUUGAACGUGGCGAAGACGACCCUCUCUAUGUCAUUGACGGAGAGUUUGCCGGAGGACCCACCAGAUUCAUCAAUCAUUCCUGCGACCCUAACCUCCGCAUCUACGCUGUCUCACUGAAUCACUAUAGCCCCUCGCUCUAUGAGCUUGCCUUCUUUGCAAUCAAGGACAUUCCCGAGAACACUGAGCUGACCUUUGACUACAUCGGUCGGGAAGCUUCCAGCACCAUUCCCCACGGCUCUCAUGAGGGUGAAAGGCUUCAAUGCUUUUGCAAGUCUUCCUCGUGCCGUGGCUAUUUGUUCUAA